GAAUCCUAAAACCAAAAUAGUAGAACGAAAACAGAAACAUGGCUCACCAUAUUUCAUUACUUUGGAUAAUUUUGGUCUUGCCUCUUCAGAAUUCUGUAUUAGCUGAAGAUGGGGAAAUAAGAUCAAGUUGUCGUACUGCUCCAACAGAUUUAGUUUUCAUCUUAGAUGGCUCUUACAGUGUUGGCCCAGAAAACUUUGAAAUAGUGAAAAAGUGGCUUGUUAAUAUCACGAAAAACUUUGACAUAGGACCGAAGUUUAUUCAGGUUGGAGUGGUCCAGUAUAGUGACUACCCUGUAUUGGAGAUUCCUCUUGGAAGUCAUGAUUCUGGAGAGAAUUUGAUUGCAGCAAUGGAAUCCAUACAUUACCUGGGUGGAAACACAAGGACUGGAAAGGCCAUCCAGUUUGCACUUGAUUACCUUUUUGCCAAGUCCUCACGGUUUCUGACAAAGAUAGCAGUAGUACUCACAGAUGGUAAAUCCCAAGAUGAAGUUAAAGAUGCAGCAGAAGCAGCAAGAGACAGUAAAAUAACAUUAUUUGCUAUUGGUGUUGGUUCAGAAACAGAAGAUGCAGAACUUAGAGCCAUUGCCAAUAAGCCUUCAUCUACUUACGUGUUUUAUGUGGAAGACUAUAUUGCGAUAUCCAAAAUAAGGGAGGUGAUGAAACAGAAACUUUGUGAAGAAUCUGUCUGUCCAACACGAAUUCCAGUGGCAGCUCGAGAUGAGAAAGGGUUUGAUAUUCUUUUAGGCUUGGGUGUAAAGAAAAAGGUUAAGAAAAGAAUCCCACUUUCACCAACAAAAAUAAAAGGAUAUGAAGUAACAUCAAAAGUUGACUUAUCAGAAUUCACAAGCAAUGUUUUCCCAGAAGGUCUUCCUCCAUCAUAUGUAUUUGUCUCCACGCAGAGAUUUAAGGUCAAGAAAAUGUGGGAUCUAUGGAGAAUUUUAACCAUUGAUGGAAGGCCACAAAUUGCAGUUACCUUAAAUGGUGUGGAUAAAACAUUACUAUUUACAACAACCAGCAUAAUUAAUGGCUCACAAGUGGUCACUUUUGCUGACUCUCAAGUUAAGACAUUAUUUGAUGAAGGCUGGCAUCAAAUUCGUCUCUUAGUAACAGAACAAGAUGUAACUCUGUAUAUCGAUGAUCAACAAAUUGAAAACAAGCCCUUACAUCCAGUUUUAGGGAUCUUCAUCAGCGGGCAAACUCAAAUUGGAAAGUAUUCUGGGAAAGAAGAAACUGUUCAGUUUGAUGUCCAGAAGUUGCGAAUCUACUGUGACCCAGAACGGAACAACCGGGAGACAGCAUGUGAGAUUCCUGGAUUUAAUGGUGAGUGCCUCAAUGGUCCCAGUGAUGUAGGUUCAACUCCAGCUCCCUGUGUUUGUCCUCCGGGAAAACCAGGACUGCAAGGCCCCAAAGGUGAACCUGGACAGCCUGGGAACCCUGGCUACCCUGGACAAUCUGGUCAAGAUGGUAAGCCUGGAUAUCAGGGAGUCGCAGGAUCACCAGGUGUCCCAGGAUCUCCAGGAAUACAAGGAGUUCCAGGACCACCAGGUUACAAAGGAGAACCAGGGAGAGAUGGUGAAAAGGGUGACCGUGGACUUCCUGGUUUUCCUGGGCUUCAUGGAAUGCCAGGAUUAAAGGGUGAAAUGGGCCCCAAAGGAGAUAAAGGAUCAACUGGAUUUUAUGGCAAAAAGGGAAGUAUGAGUGAAAAAGGGAAUGCUGGUUUUCCUGGCCUUCCUGGACGUGCUGGUGAACCAGGAAGACAUGGAAAGGAUGGAUUAAUGGGUACUCCUGGUUACAAGGGAGAAGCAGGACCUCCAGGUGCUCCAGGGCAGGAUGGAUCACGGGGAGAGCCUGGAAUGCCAGGAUUUCCUGGAAACCAAGGAUUAAUGGGACAAAAGGGAGAAACUGGACCUCCAGGACCACUAGGAAAAAAAGGAGCUCCAGGAAUUCCUGGUUUGAUGGGACGUGAUGGCUUGCCUGGUCAGCCUGGGACACCAGGAUCUAAGGGAAAUAAAGGUGAACCUGGACUACAAGGGAUGCCUGGGGCUUCUGGACUAAAGGGAGAACAAGGAGCAGUAGGUCCCCCAGGAGAACCAGGAUACCUGGGUUUACCUGGAAUUCAAGGAAAAAAGGGGGACAAAGGAAAUCAAGGUGAAAGAGGCAUUCAGGGCCAAAAGGGAGAAAAUGGAAGACAGGGGAUCCCAGGGCAACAGGGAAUUCAAGGCCAUGAGGGUGCAAAAGGAGAGAGAGGUGAAAAGGGAGAGCCUGGUGUCAGAGGUGCCAUGGGACCAAAAGGAGAGUCUGGGGAGGACGGCCUAAUGGGGCCUGUGGGUCCCCAGGGGCAGCGUGGGGAAGCAGGUCCUCAGGGACCUCCAGGACUGGAUGGGAAGCCCGGGAGAGAAUUUUCAGAACAGUAUAUUCGACAAGUUUGCACCGAUGUAUUAAGAGCUCAGCUACCAGUCUUACUUCAGAGUGGAAGAAUUCAAAGUUGUGAUCAUUGCCAGUCUCAACACGGUUCCCCUGGCAUUCCUGGACCGCCUGGUCCCAUAGGCCCAGAAGGUCCUCGAGGAUUUCCUGGUUUGCCAGGAAGAGAUGGCGUUCCUGGGUUAGUGGGUGCUCCUGGACGUCCAGGUGCCAGAGGAUUAAAAGGUCUACCAGGAAGAAAUGGGGCAAAGGGGAACCAAGGGUUUGGGUACCCCGGAGAUCAAGGUCCUCCUGGUCCCCCAGGUCCAGAGGGCCCUCCUGGAAUAAGCAAAGAAGGUCCUCGAGGAGACCCAGGUCUCCCAGGCAAAGAUGGAGAUAAUGGAAAACCCGGAAUCCAAGGCCAACCAGGACCCCCGGGCAUCUGCGAUCCAUCACUAUGUUUUAGUGUAAUUGUCGGAAGAGACCCAUUUAGAAAAGGACCAAACUAUUAGUGUCUGAUGCCUCAUUCAGCAACCUAGGCAUGGUGCUUUUCUCUUAUGGUCUUUUGCAUCUCAGGAAGAUAACAACAG